GACAGGUGUCUGCUCCCUUCUCAUUACAGCCACUGAACUUGAUCCCUCCACCUAUCUGUUGUGUCGAUGCCCUUUGGAGAAUUAGUUUUUAAUGCAAAUGUUGGACAAAUAACAUGGCUGAAUGUGUGGUUAAUUGGACUAACACACCGGAGCAAGAGACAGACAGGUGUAAUGGAUCAAGCAGCUCCGGAGCCUCUGGAGGAAAAACACCAGGAGGCGAAGAGCAGAGUUUGUUUUUUAAAAAACUUCUGGGAUUAAAAGGUGGAUUUGUGAGUGCUGAAGGUGACUGUUGGAUGGAAGAAAUGUUCAUUACUUAAUGACUGUACCAAGAAGAGAUGGAGAGGAAGACACUGCAGGACAACAGAGAGAAUAUGUUCAGUGGGAGCAGCAGCGAUAAGUCCUUCAGACUGGAGCGAAAGACGAGGGGAAGGAGUCGGAAUGGCCCAGAAAAGUAACUUUCAGUUCUCCAUCAGGGAAUACAGCCCCUCAGAUGAAAACGUGGUCAAAUCACUCUUCCACGAUGGGAUACUCGAACACGUAUACCCGGCUUUCUUCAAGGCCAUGAGCCAUCCAGACCACGUUGGCAUCGCUCUGAGCAUUUCCAUGGCUGGGUAUGUGCUCGGAGGCAGCUCAUACUUCCAGGCUUUACUCUUUGGCAGUGCAUGGGCUGGCCUCAUUUAUUACUGCUGUCACGAGAUCUUCGAAGGCUACAUGACGAGGAGGCUGAGCACAGACAUGGCUGACAUUCAAGCCAACUACCUGGAAAACCCAGAUAACAGUUUGUGGGUUGCGGAGGCAGAUGUCAACGGCCAGUCCAAGGUGGUGGGGAUGGUGGCAGUGAUGGGGAGAAGGGGAGAGGAGGAAGGUGAAAGGUUUGAUGACUGCAAUGGAGGCGUGAUGGCAGGAGGCUCAGAGUUUGCACAGGAAGCCGGAGACGGGAGUUACGGCGAGAUAUCCCACAUGGCUGUGGUGUUUCCGUGGCGCCGUAGAAACCUGGGGUCACAGUUGACGAGGAAGGCCCUCGAUUUCUGCAAAGAGCGAGGCUACUCCCACCUCGCUAUGGACGUCAGCUCGCCACAGACAGCGGCCGUCUCCCUGUGCCAGAAAUUUGGCUUCGUUCAAACUGCGGCUCACAGUAGCACACAUGCUAAUCGCUGGUUCUCAAAACUGGCCAGAAUAAAUGUGAUGCGAAUGGAGAAGUUAAUUUAGUUUAGACGCAUGGCACCUGAUACAACCUCAACUGUACAGCAUAUUGAAAAAUAUUUCAGUUAAUUUAUGCUUCUCAUCACACUUAAUGCAAUAAAAUCUCUCCUGGUGUGUGAUAUUCUGGCUCGCUAUCAUUGUAGUUUGGAAAAGAAAACACAUUAAAUUUCAUGUUUUUUCCACAAAGCA